AUUCGCUCGCUCUGCCUCCAGUCGUCAGCCAGCUGAGAAGGGUGCUGAGAGUCCUGGCAGAGGAAACUACAGCGCCCAGUACCCUCCAGACCAAGCUUAAGACUGUCUGCGGGCCUGGAGCGGACUCCUGUGGAACCCUGGGAGUCGCAGUACUUGCUACCCAGCUGGUGUUGGAGGCAGAGAGAGAGAGAGAGAGAGAGAGAGAGAUAGAGCAAGAGAGGGUGACAUGUCAUGACAACCGUCAGAGAGAGAGAGAAAGAAACUGCUGAGUCAUGUCUGCCGGCCUGGAAGAUACAGACAGUGUGUUUGAUCUGAACGAGGCGAUCCCAGAGACAGAGCUGCUUGAUAACAGCAUCCAGAAAGGCCGAGCCCAGCUAUCUGUCAAAACCCGGAGGCAUCGCCCCUCUAGGUCCCGGUACCGUGACAGUGUGAGCUCAACAGAGGGUGACGACAGCCUGGAGAGAAAGGACAGCCCCUUACAUUCUGCCCGCUCACCUCUCCAGCUCGCCAUACGAGGCAACUCCCCGUCUCCUGAUUCGCUCCUGUCUGUUCGAAGCCCCGCCUUCUCGUUUGACACUUCAAUUGGGCGUCGCUCUCCAGAGGAUGAAAGAGAACCAUUGGCUGCUCCUCCACGGGGGCGGUACCACCAGCUGACCAAUGCCACAUCUCAGGAGGCUCUGGUGACCCCCAACAGCUCCCCCUCCAGGUCCUGCCCCUCUCCUGACUGUUCCCGUGUCUACAUGAGGAGGAGCAGGAGGCCUGACAGUGAAGUGUUGGUUUCUGAUUCAAGUCGAGACACGAGCCCAGCUGAUUCAGGCAGUCCCACUGUCAUCUUUGACAAGAAAACAAAGAGACGCUUUCUUGACCUGGGGGUGACUCUCAGACGUUCAUACAUCAGGGUGAGGAAAGAUAAAUCCAACAGGCUCUCUGUGGGCAGCAGAGAGCCGUCUGAGAGUCCGUCUCGCUCUUCAGGAUCCUUCGUUCCAUUCUCCUGGUUCACCGAGGGACGAGGGUCGCUAUCCUCCACUGGGACUCCCCCCUGCUCCCCCAAAAUCACCCCGCUGAGCUCCCCCAGACCCUGCAAGUCGCACUCCCAGGAGUCAGCUCUCAGCGAGGAAUUUUCUCCUCCUCACACAUCCUCCUCCACCUCUCCUCCUGUCGACUCCUCUUCCAGAUCCUCCCAUCCAUACCACACCCUGUCCCAGUCAUCUGAUGAGCCUUUGGAUGAGCCGUCCUGUCCAGUGUCUUUGUGGACGACUCAGCAGGUCUGCCAGUGGCUGCAAGGACUCAACAUGGAGCAGUACGUCCCAGAAUUCAGUGCGAAAGAUAUCGACGGUCGAGAGCUGCUGCAGAUGGAUGGAACCAAACUGAAGGGUCUGGGCGUGCUCAGUUCGUCUGAUCGCAGCGUUAUAAAGCGGCGCAUCAAAGAAAUUCAGACCGCGGCCGAGAAAGAGAGAAAAGCUCUGGACAAGAUGGAAAAACAGAAAGAAAAACAGAGGAGGAAAGACCAAGAGCAGCGCAGGAACUGACCGGAUGAUUCCAUGUUUAGUUGCUUCAGAUUUUCUGUUGGUGUAUUUCAAAGUUAGGGUUUUUAGAUGCUAUUUAGAACCUGUUUUAUGGCCUUUCUUUGCUUCCAUUAAAGCGCCUGAACACAUUGUCAGUUUGAUCUGUAAUGUGGUGAGCAGGUUUUGCCUGAAGCCCUGCCUACUGUGAAGGCUGUACCUCUGUGGCCACGCCCGCAACGAGCUGUGACAAACUUUAUGUAUUUUUCAAAUAAAUCAA